AUGGACCAACAAGAUGAGCGAUCAUCUAAUGGGGGAAGUGGAAAGGCCCCAGAAACCAAGCUAUUCCAACAUUCGUGGCCUGAGAUUUCUAAACAACAUGAUAUUAUGCUGUCGUCGCAUCUAGAGAUGUUGCACCAGUUGAAGAGUCAAGUCCACUCACACGGAGAGGAAUUCCAACUGGUAUCCAACAUGGUUGAUAAAACUAAGAGACUGAUUGCUCAGUUUGAUAUACUUAAGAAACGUGUGGUAGCUUACCCGCUUCCUCUGACGGGUAUAAUACAAUACCACAGCCUAGUACAGAGAAAAGUAACCAUCCUUAUAGAGCUCAACACAACAACACCGGAAUCGGACACUCGUGCGUCAGAAUCCAUGUCGACGUCAAGCAGUCGAAAGGAGCUAAAAAAAGAGCAACUCAAACGUCAUGCCGACCACAUGUAUGACCCGGAAGAAGACGGAGGGGCAGCAGCAGCAGCAGCGGAAAACCAAGUCCCCCUGACUGCAAGGUCUCUAGCUGUCCACUCUAGCAAACGAAAACGUACCGACGAAUUUAUUCCUGGAGCUGAUGAAGACAUAAGGCGUUCCUCACCUCUAUCAGUGGAGACCGAGGAUAUCUCAGAGGAGGUACAGCGAAGACUGAAGAUCAAGGAGGAACAACGCAAAAGACGGGAGACCUCGAAAGUGGACAAACGCAAGAGGGACAGUUUGACAUCUAACGGAAGCACAUCUUCGGCCAGAACCGGGACGAAACACACUAGGAAGAAGGCUAGAAUUGGGACGAAGUGGAAUCGUUAG